AGGAACAUCGGUCAGCAGUUCUCCAUCUCUUGAGCAAUGGGCGGUUUAGUUGGUGUUGGGUUAAUUCUGCUGAUAUCAGUUGUAAAUAUAGAGGCUCAAAAGAAACCCUCUAUAAAUAUUAACUCAAAAUGCCUGGGCAACAUCAUGCGUGUGGAUGUCGGUCCACUUGGAGGAAAUCUUCUUGAAGUGUCUGUUGUCUAUAACAACUCAGCAAUUCUCCUGACAUCAAGUUUAGCUUCUCAGUGUGGCUUAAGUGUGAAGAUGGACCAGCUGGGGAACGCCAUGAUUUUUGCCUCUCUUCAAAACUGUUUUGCUCAAAAUUUGGACGAUGAAUCAUUCACAACGACAUUACAUCUUCGACUGCAUGGUAACCGGGUGGUUGAAGACGAGCUGUUCCAGGUGGCUGAAACGUGCCACUACACUGCCUGGGCCUCCAGGGAAAUUGUCUGUGAACGUAACUAUAUGGAGGUGUCUGUGAAGAGGUCAGCUCCAGGUGAUUCCUCCCGACCUAAACAGCCCUUCUCUGGUGAUGAACAGUUGGGUGAUCCUCGAAGAGCUGCGACGAAACGGCUCAUGGAUGCAGGAUUCAGAAUCAAAACAGUUGUGUUUUUCACACCUGAGGAGAAGAUCAUGACUGUGACGGAGGCCCAGAGACAAGGUUAUGGGAUCUCAAACACCCCGACAAGGCUGGUUUUGCGAAGCCCAAUAACUUCCCCUGAAACUUACACCCGGCAUGUAGCAGGUGUGCCCAUGACGGUGCUCACAACCUCAACAAUAUUUGAAAAGCAGUGGCUGGCGACUCAAAUUUACGCAGGAGCUGCCUGCCCAAUUCUGGAGGGUAGUGUUUCUUUCACUCAACACUCACUCAGCUGGUUCCUGCCGAGGCAAAUUGACCCCCUAAUUUUCUCUGGCCAGUUUAAACUGUUGGAGGUGCACAUGGGUGUUGAUGGACAGAGGCUCGACGCUGCAGAGAUUGCCGACAGGCGUUACUCCCUCUCUGUCAAUGACGUUUACAUCAUCAUUGAAAUCCCUGUUGGGGCUGUCGGUGGCCACUUUAAGAGUCUUGUUCAGAAUGGUCAGUAUCUCACUACUUAUACUAUUGAGCCCAUGCUCGAGUUGCUCUGGGCCGAAGAUGCCACUCAUGAGGACAUCAGAUACAAAGUCCUCCUUCCCAUCACCACGCCGCUACUGUCUCGACCUCCCCAAGUUAUUGACAACACUGUUCCUGAGGAGCAGAUAUUUAAAAUGAUUUUUGGGCCCUUCUGCUCUGAUGUGGCACUAAAGAACAUCACCUUCCCCACUGAGGUUUUAUCCAUAGCGGACUGCAGUGCGAGAGGCCUUAAAGUCUUGGAGCACAUGUCCCCUAAGAGCUGCUCGAAGGUGUUUACACUUGAAGUGCCCUUCACGUACCGUGGCGUUGUACAAAUGAAAGAAAUAGGAAUUACAGUCUACUCUCUUCAUCUGACCUUUGGCUUGCUGGUUCUGCCAGAGUUCGCACCAUUUGCUCACAUUGCUUAUCUGGAAACACAAUUGGCUCUCAAAGUUCCUCCCUCUGUCACUGGUGGCUGUGAUUAUCAAAACUUCUAUGUCCUUGUGAAAUACGGCACCCACGGCUUCAACUUUCAGACACUAGUGGGAAAGCAAAUGUUGACAUCGGGCCUGGCUCAGCAGUACAGCUUCAUGGACAAUGGAACACACUUCAGUUUUACAGUACCAUUUUCUGCCCACGAUGCUGCGAUUGAGGCUAUUGAGGCAUCAUCCAUUAGGAGCAGACUCGAUGUGUCUCUGAGGAAUCCAGACACCAACAAAAAUAUUCAAGAAUUCUCUGUGGCUUGCAGUUUCAUGUCAACACUGACUGAGUGUUUCCCUAAUGGAACGAUGACCGCUCUGGCUAUGAAACUGGAUUCGGUUCCCAGUUUGCAACUUGGUCACCUCACCCUCAGAGACCCCACCUGUGGUCCAACAUACACCGAUGGCCAUUAUGCCCAUUUUAUCUUUACUGGGAACUCCUGUGGAACAACCAGAAAGUUUCUGCCCAAUAUUAUGAUGUAUGAAAAUGAAAUCGCUCUGCCUGAUCUUGAAAUAAAAGGGGAUUCGAAGACCGAUGAACCAGAGUAUGAGCUGAAGGUUGCCUGUUAUUAUGACAUCAACACAAACCACGCUGUGGCCUUCAACAACAAACCUCGCACAAGUAAACUAUAUGCUGAGAACGCAAUGGGCGAGCUGCAAUUUGAAAUGAGACUUGCUCUGGAUGACUCUUACAGCACAUUCUACAGAGUUGAUGCAGAUCCCAUUGCAAAGUACCUCCAAGAGCCACUGUAUUUUGAGGUGGAACUAAUGAAGUCUAAAAACCCUGAGGUAUCACUGGAGCUGGUGUCCUGCUGGGCGACGGAGGACGACAGGACAUCUCUUCCCAAAUGGGACCUCGUCAUUAACGGCUGUGCAAACUCAAAAGACCCGAACCAGGUGAUCUUCCAUCCUGUUUUUCCUGAUGCCAGAGUUCAGUAUCCUUCUAACUUCAAGCGCUUUGAGAUACCAAUGUUUGGCUUUGCCAAGGACAACUUGAGUCGUCAGGUCUUUGUCCACUGUGAUGUGGUGGUCUGUGAUGCCAGAAGUGCAGUGGAUAGAGCUUGUAAUGUGCAGUGUUCAAACAAGGCUGACGGAAUAAAAGGUCAAAAACGUGCCGUUUCCGAGGUGUACGGUAUCAAACAUGUGUCGUCUGGACCAAUAUUCAUGAGCUAA